AAAGUGGUUAAUUAUUUCUCUCUUCGCCGUCAAUAUCUCUGAAAUCUUUGCAUGAUGUCAACGAUGCCACACGCCUGACUCACGACGACGACGACGAAACGAUGGCAGAGAUCGAGUGGCCCUGGCAGUACAGUUUCCCGCCGUUCUUUACGCUUCAGCCUCACGCCGACACCAGGGCUAAGCAGGUAGCGGCGUGGAAGAGCUUGGUACUGGAGUAUCAUCGUGUCACGAAGCAGGCGAUCGUGGACGUUCGCGAGGUGCACACGAAUCCUCUGUUCAACAACGCCAGCAUAAACAGAAGGUUGCCGUCCGAAGCUGUGCUGCUGGUAUUAGAAGAAUUAGGAAAAUCGGGGAACGCGUCUCCGCUAGACAAAACGAAACAGAGAUGGUUGGUUUAUUGGCACACUUUAGAGGAAUGGGGCGAUGUAAUAUACAAUUGGGCACAGGAGAAUGGCUUCGUUGGCUCUGUGUGCACGUUUUUCGAAUUGACACAAGGGGAGGACACGGUUGAGCAAGAAUUCCACGGUUUGGAUACAGAAGUACUGAUCAGAUCGCUAAGAACGCUGGAAGCUGCCAGAAAGGCGGAGAUCAUGUCGUUCGAUGAUAAUCAAGGCGUUAAGUUUUUCUAACGCUUGGAGAGCAACCGCUGCUCGUCGAGUUACAUACGUAAGCUGUAUUUAAUUGCGUACUUGUUGUAUAUUAUAAUUUAAUAUAUGCAUUUGGAUGUGUAUCUAUGGAAUAAAUUUCAAGUAGAUUCCUCUA